GUUGCAGGUAAUAAGAUGUUCUUAUAACAUUACCAGUUUAAGAGUGGAUGGACAUCUUGAGUUAUUGGCGGGUAAAAGUUUGCUCUGUUACAAUUAUCAGAUAUACAACUCUACAAUAACAUAUAGCCAACUUGAGUGUUGA